UCCAGCUCGGGCCGCGUCCUAGGUUGCUCGGCUUCGUACACGUUCCUUCGUCGCAGGCUCCCAGCCCCGUCUUCUGCAUUGCAACCCUUCCUGCGGCCGGUACCCAAAUCUGCGUCCCACGUCUGCCCCACUCCCAGAUGGCCCUGGAGUAUCGUGGUGGCCCAUCCACUCCUCGCUGCAGCCCUGCAGGUCUGAGGGAUGCUGCUCUCCUGGCCCUGCCACCACUGAAGCACCCAGGGGUCCUGGAAGAACCGACCUGAGUGCAGACAUCGCGGGCUAUGAGUCCUCUAAGGCUGCCAGUGUCGCUUUUGUUGCUGCUGCUGCUGGGUGGCUGCCUCCUCGCGGCCGCCGGGAGGAACGAGGGGGCGGGAGGCAGCUUGGCAGAAUCGGCCCGGAUUCCCGCGGGCGGCUCCUCCGGUCGCUUCCUCAGCCCCGAGCGCCACACGUGCAGCUGGCAGCUCUUGCUGCCCGCCCCCGGGCCGGCGGCGGGCAGCGAGCUGGCGCUGCGCUGCCAGGGCCCGGACGGGGCGCGCCGCCAGUGCGCCUACCGCGGGGAGCCAGAGCGCUGCGCCGCCUACGCCGCCCGCGGCGCGCACUACUGGAAGCAGGUCCUCGGCGGGCUGCGCAGGAAGCGGCGGCCCUGCCAAGACCCCGCGCCGCUCAAAGCCCGCCUGUGCGCAGGCAAGAAGGGCCACGGUGCGGAGCUGCGUCUGGUGCCCCACGCGUCCCCACCCGCCCACCCCACUGCGGCGGGCUCCCCUGGGGAUUUCAAGCCCCGGGCCAGGAGCCGGGGACGGCCCCGGGAGCCUGCACUCGGCUUCGCCGCAAGGGCCCCCCUUCUCCCAAGCGCGCUGCCCAAAGGGAAGUCCUCUAAGAAGGCUAAAGGGAGCAAGAGGAAGGUGGCCUCGGCUGCAGACGAGGAGCGACCCUUGGGGGCCGGGCCGGAUCCCGACGGGCUGGACGAGAACGCGAAGCUCACGGAGACCUACUGUGCUGAGAAGUGGCACUCCUUUUGCAACUUCUUUGUCAGUUUCUGGAAUGGCUGAGGCUGCCAGGCUAGGGAAGGACAAGGCGGGGCCGGGGCUGAGCAGCUCGGGAAGGGAAGCGUAGAGCAUCUUAGGCCAAGAGAUACAGGAUAGAGAGUGGGGAGGAGUCCAGGUUCUAGAAUGGGGGUGCAGGGGUGGGCUUGGAUGAAAGUGUAAGCGGUAUGGAGAAUUUCUGCGACACAAGAGAAGUUAAAAUUUUUUAAAGUCUCGACCCUGAUUAAGAGCAGAAAAAAUAGUGGAAACAGAAGUAGGCGUACCUUAACCGUGUGAAAACCAUAGACUGGGGAGAGAGAUGGGUACAGAGGCGUAAAAACAUAAGGGGAGAAAAGUGACUAAAGUGAUGUGAAUCUUGUAUGGGAAGCAGGAUACAACGUAUAGUGUUUAGCACAUUUACAUUAAAAUGUAAUCACGAGCAACUGAUAGCCUGAGCCAAGUUGAACUGUUUAGUGUCUUCUCACUUAAUCAGCUGACAAGAUUACCAACUUUUUUUUUCUUUCUGAAUUACAGUAGUAUGAACACGGGUGUUACUUGGUGUAAUAGAUGAUCUCUACAGGGAUAGAAGCCAUUAUUGGUCAAAUUGACUCC